CAGCCACGAACAACCCAUAUGAUCAUCUGCUGAAAACGAUUGAGAUCGACGGCAAACAGUUCAAGUAUUAUGACGUCACCGGCCUUGGGGAGAAAUAUGACCGUCUUCCCUACUCCGUAAGAGUACUUCUGGAGUCCUGUGUGAGGAACUGCGAUGGCUUCCAAGUGCUGCAGAAAGAUGUCCAGAAUGUCCUCGAGUGGGAAACCAACCAGGCCGUCGAGGGUGGCGUUGAGAUCGCGUUUAAACCCGCCAGGGUGAUUCUUCAGGAUCUCACAGGUGUACCAGCUGUAGUAGACUUCGCAGCUAUGCGUGAUGCUGUAAAGGAUCUCGGCGGAGACCCUCAGAAGAUCAACCCCAUAUGCCCGGCUGAUCUUGUCAUCGAUCACUCUGUGCAAGUUGAUUUUGCUAGGAGCCCAGACGCUCUGAACAAGAAUCAAGAAUUGGAAUUCGAGAGGAACAAGGAACGAUUCCAAUUCCUCAAGUGGGGAGCUCAGGCCUUCGACAAUAUGCUGAUCGUACCACCCGGCUCCGGAAUCGUCCAUCAGGUGAACUUGGAAUACUUAGCUCGCGUGGUCUUCAGUAAGGACCUGCUUCAUCCUGACUCCGUGGUUGGCACUGACAGUCAUACUACCAUGAUUAACGGGCUUGGAGUCGUUGGAUGGGGUGUAGGCGGAAUCGAAGCGGAAGCAGUAAUGUUGGGGCAGGCGAUCAGCAUGUUGCUACCUAAAGUGGUUGGAUACAAGCUCGUCGGGGAACUGAACCCGCUAGCCACAUCUACUGAUCUAGUGCUCACUAUUACCAAGCACCUCCGCUCCCUGGGUGUGGUGGGUAAAUUCGUGGAGUUCUACGGCCCGGGUGUAUCGGCGCUGAGCAUCGCGGACAGAGCGACGGUAGCCAACAUGUGUCCCGAGUUCGGUGCCACGGUCGCGCACUUCCCCGUCGACGAGCGAUCUCUAGAGUACCUCUGUCAGACUAACCGCUCUAAAGAGAAGAUAGCUAUCAUCGAAGCGUACCUCCGCGCCACCAAACAAUUCCGUGACUACAAUAACCCCGCACAGGAUCCUAUCUUCUCCGAGGUGGUAGAACUAGACCUGUCGACAGUAGUGACAUCUGUGAGCGGACCGAAGCGCCCUCAAGACAGAGUCUCCGUCUCCGUUAUGAAGAAGGACUUCCAAGACUGUUUGACGAAUAAGGUCGGCUUCAAAGGUUACGGUCUGUCCCAGCGAACCUCUCAGCAUCAGGCAGCUUCAGCUACAGUGAUGGCAAGACGUAUUCCAUCACACACGGUUCCGUCAUCAUAGCUGCCAUCACAUCCUGCACCAACACUUCUAACCCUAGCGUUAUGUUGGGCGCUGGUCUCCUAGCUAAGAAGGCUGUGGAGAAUGGUCUCAGCGUGCUCCCCUACAUCAAGACGUCUCUGUCACCUGGAUCUGGAGUCGUCACCUAUUAUCUCAGGGAAUCCGGCGUCGUACCAUACCUGGAGAAGCUCGGUUUCAACAUAGUCGGGUAUGGAUGUAUGACGUGCAUCGGAAACUCCGGACCAAUCGAUGAUAACAUUGCCAAUACCAUUGAGAAGAAUGAACUAGUAUGCUGCGGCGUGCUCUCCGGCAACCGUAACUUCGAGGGUCGCAUCCAUCCCAACACGCGAGCUAACUACCUCGCCUCCCCACUACUGGUCAUUGCGUACGCGCUCGCCGGAACUGUGGACAUUGACUUUGAAACUCAGCCGUUGGGUACUCGCGCUGACGGUACUCGGGUAUACUUACGUGAGAUCUGGCCCACGCGUGCUGAAAUACAGGAGGUCGAGAACAAACAUGUCAUUCCUGGGAUGUUCAAGGAGGUGUACGCUAAGAUCGAGCUUGGGUCUCCAUCCUGGCAAGCUCUGGACGUGCCGCAGGGCAAGCUGUAUGGCUGGGACCCGAACUCUACAUACAUCAAGAGACCUCCAUUCUUCGAUGGUAUGACCAGGGGCCUGAACCCACGUCAAGGCGUCCACAACGCCCGUUGCCUGCUCCUGCUGGGUGACUCGGUGACCACUGACCAUAUCUCUCCAGCUGGAUCCAUCGCGAGGAACUCUCCUGCUGCACGGUUCUUGGCUGAUAGGGGUCUAACUCCCCGAGAAUUCAACUCGUACGGAUCCCGUCGCGGCAACGACGCAGUGAUGUCCCGCGGCACGUUCGCCAACAUUCGCCUCGUCAACAAGAUGGCGCCCACCGCCGGACCUAAGACCACGCACCAUCCCAGCGGGGAUGUCAUGGAUAUAUUCGACGCUGCUGACAGAUACGCGUCCGAGAAUGUUCCCCUCAUCGCAGUGGUUGGCAAGGACUAUGGCUCAGGUUCGAGUCGUGACUGGGCCGCCAAGGGACCUUAUCUACUUGGUAUCCGGGCGGUUAUAGCGGAGUCGUUCGAGCGCAUCCAUCGCUCCAACCUGGUCGGUAUGGGCAUCAUCCCGCUGCAGUUCCUCGACGGACAGAAUGCUGACACCUUUGGACUGAACGGCAGUGAAGUGUUCAGCAUUGAUCUACCUGAGAAUAUUACGCCGGGACAGAUUAUUCUCGUACAGGUGGACAACGGUACAACAUUCCAAGUUAAAGUACGUUUCGACACGGAAGUCGACCUCACGUACUUCAAGAACGGAGGCAUCCUCAACUACAUGAUCAGAAAGAUGUUGUAA